ACCAAUGCUAAUAAGCAAGUUGAUAACAAUAUGGCAGAGGAGAGGUGGGAGCAUCUCCCCGGCGACAUCCUAUACGACGUGGCACUGCGGCUGCGCAACCUGAGGGAUCUAUUCUCAUACGCCGCCGUUUGCAAGUCAUGGCAUUCCGCGUUGGCGCCGGUUAUCAAGUCGCCGCCUCCGCUGCCGCCCGGUUUCCCGAUGCUUAUGCUGCUGAGACAAGACCAGGAGGGCGGCGGCUGCGGGCGUCAGCGCCGAUUCUUCAGCUUGCUGGACGGACGAACCCACCGGAUGAAGGUGAAUGAAGUCGUCAAUGGUACGGGGAUGAGUUCCUGCGUUGGCGUGUCCCACGGGUGGUUGGUGGUGACGGAUCGAGAAGUGGAGGUACAUUUGACCCACCCAUUAACCGAGCACGCGGUAAAACUUCCGCCGCUAUCACGCUGCCCCAAUUCCACCUACGGCGAACUGCUCCCUGAAGAUUUCUGCGAUUUUUUCAUCACAAAGGCUGUGGUGACAGCGGCUCCCUGGAAAGACGGGGCCGCCAAUCCCGACUGCGUGGUGUUGGCCCUCGUUGGCCAGGCCGAUUUCUUGUGGGCGUGCAGAUUAGGGGAUGAGAUUUCCGAUCACAGCAACGCAGCGUGGACGGAGCUCGAGCUGAUCGUGGAAGGCUAUGCCGACGUUGUUUGCCACAAAGGGAACAUCUAUGCGGCAUCUGGAUUUGGGGCAGUCUACACCAUCAACAACAUUACUACCGGUGUUCGAAACCUUGCGGAGCUAAAAUGGCGCAAGCUCUGCAGCGGGUCUAAGCUUAAUGAAUCGAGAGUAGCCAACUACUUGGUGAGCUCGCUGUCGGGCGAUCUUCUACUGGUAAAGCGCUACCGCGCAGGUUUCUACUAUAAUAAGGCUGCUGAUGAGGGGGAGCUUUUCGACCUUGAAAGUAUGUACCUGACUGUUGGGUUCAUGGUCAGCAAAUUGGUGGACUGUGGGCGGCGGCGGCGGCCGUGCAAGUUGGAGAGGGUAUACAAUUUGAGAUCUGAUGAAGCCUUGUUUGUAGGCCAAAGCUGCAGCUUGUCGCUGUCACUGGAAGCGAUGAAUACAAAUAAGCAGCAAGAAGGACGAGGAAUGUUGACACCCAACUGCAUCUACUUCACCGACGAUCAGUCGGACUUCUUUUCGGAAGUACUCGGAGGCCAUGAUCAAGGCGUGUUUAAUAUGGCGGAUGACACCGUCAAGCCCUGUUAUACUAGAAAAAUAGCUCCUUCACUGUUUUGCCAGCCUCUUUGGUAUAUGUAAUUUCUUCUAUCACAAUGUGGAUGGAUAAUAAUAACUCAUAGUACCGCCCAAGUAGAUUUGGCUGUCAAUUGUGAUUAAAAGAAAAAAAUAUCA